AUGGCGCAUCUGCUAUGUGCAGCAGACAUUCGGAUGGUCCUGACCUUGGCUGCCCUGGCCGAUGCACAUGAUGAGCACAUGCUCAUUGUCAGGCUGGCUGACAAAGAGGAUGUGGAUGGCGUCAUGUUUCAGGAAGAGCUUUUCCGGACCUUGCUGGAGAAGCAGCCACUUAUUCUUCAGAAGGAUGAUGGACGGCUGAAGAAGCUGGGAGGACAUGACCAAUGCAAUGGUAUGGUGCUGCGGGAAAUCUUGGCCCGCAUGCAUAACUGGGUUCAGCUUGUGAAAGACGUCAUAAAAGCUGAACUACCUGCCUUUGAAGCCUUUGCUAGUAUGUCUUCCCUCCUCCAGCUGAGCAAAUCGGCUUCUUCUGAGAAUGACGAGCCCCUGACAAUGCGAGACUUGAAGAAGUCUGCUGAAAGUAUGUCAUCCCUUCUGAAGACAAACCCUGUUGCCUAG